CUUUUCGUUUUCGUUUCGCCCACUUGUGCUCCUUUCGAAGUUGUAAUUUACGAAAUUUGAGAAAUUCAAUGUUUUCUCCUCGUUUACAUUAAAAUCGUGCAAGUCAACCAUACCUUCACGACAUCAACUAAACAAUUUCGUGGCCAGUAAAGCCGCCUAAUAAAAAUUACAACAAAAACUUAAAGUUACAGUGUCGUAAACAUUUGCCGAUGUAACAGUGAAAUGAAGUGAAAACUACUUUCGGGUGUUUAUUUAUGAUUCGUUUGUUGCCUGGCAAGAGAUCAGGAUGCAGUCGACGUCUGAAGGUUGUCUGAACAUAGCGGAGUUGGCCAACCAGCUGAAGCGGGAGAAGAUAUUCAUCAAUUCUGAGAGGCAGCUGUUGCAGACCCUCAAUGCGGAAGUGGAGAAGUGCACCCUGGAGCUGCUGCAGGCGGCGUGGAUCUGCUCGCAGCAGCGCCAGAACCUCGCCACCCUGAUCACCUCCAGGUCUGAGGCUGACUCUAUUGCCGCCUGCCAAAAAGCCAGUCUCCUGGAAGCCACCACUUUUAUUGAUGCUUUUAAGGUGUUCAAAUAUAAGGAAGCAAAUGCUCUUUCCGAGCUAUUGGGAUGGCUCCGGGAUUCCCCGCAGCUGGUGGCUCUAUUCCUGCUACUGGGGGAGGAGGAGUUGGGCAGCGGGCUGGCAUCAGCACUGGCUUCUGGACUCUACGCCAGUGGACGGUGUCCGAGCGACCGUGGCCGCCUGUUGGCCGUCAUACGGUCACUCAUCAAGCAUCAGCUGGCAUUGCCACAGCCAAGAAAACUAUUCCGCUCCGGCGCAUGCGCACUGUCCCAGCUGUACUCUGUGUUCCGCGAUGGGUACACUCCACUGCGGCAGUUCCUGGUGGCGGCGCUGCAGGGGCCGGUGAUGAACGUGCUGCGGGAGGACGAGUUCUUCCUGGAUCUGGACCCGGAUAAGGCUAUGGAGAGAUUCUCCUCAUCAGACCGCCUCAAAAAGUUCGGUCAACCAUCCAGCGCAGAAUACCAAGCUAAAGUGGCGCGCUACCGCAAGUGGACGGUGCAGUCGCUGUACAACCUGGCCAGCCGCUUCGUGGCCUCGCUGAAGGAGCACUGGCCGAGCUUCCCGCCCGCGCUGGCCUGGCUGCUGCACCAGGUCGUGAUGCUGAUGAAGCAGGCUGGAACCCCAGAACGCGAAAUCCACGCCCUGUGCUCCGAGCUGGUCAUGACGCAAGUUAUCUGCCCCGCCGUGGCGAGCCCCGAGGCGCACGGCGUGCUCGAGACACCGGUGUCCUACAUCGCCAGGUCCAACCUGCUGCAGAUCGCGCAGAUCCUGCAGAUGCUGAGUUUGGCUAAGUUUCAGGAGGUGGACCCAAAAGUGCGCGACGUGUACAGCCGGUUCGACCGCGCGUGCAUAUACACUCUGCUGGAGGCGGCGGCGGCGGCGGGGGGCGCGGGGGGCGGCGCGGAGCCCCCGCGCGCCGAGCCGCCCGCCGCCGCCGCCGCGCUGCUCACCGACCAGCAGCUCAAGCAGCUGCCUGUAUCGCGAGAACCGGUAGGCAGAGAUACAAUAAGAGUUGCAGUAAAAGUGCGCGACGUGUACAGCCGGUUCGACCGCGCGUGCAUAUACACUCUGCUGGAGGCGGCGGCGGCGGCGGGGGGCGCGGGGGGCGGCGCGGAGCCCCCGCGCGCCGAGCCGCCCGCCGCCGCCGCCGCGCUGCUCACCGAACAGCAGCUCAAGCACCUGAUAACAUUCCUGAAGCACGUAUCGUCCAAGCUGAACAACAACACGCCUGCGACGUCGGAGGAGACCUCUUCAUCCGGCAGCUCGGUGCAGGCUGACGCUUCUACAUUCAGUGACUCGGGCUCCACUUCGUUGGCGCAGCUGGUGCCGGGCGCGAGCCGCGCGCGCCUCUCCGACCUGCUGCGGCAGCAGCCCGACAUGAACAACUACAGGUGUGUACAGACUAGCUACAGGUGUGUACAGACUAGCUACAGCCACUCCCCGCUGGCGCAGCUGGUGCCGGGCGCGAGCCGCGCGCGCCUCUCCGACCUGCUGCGGCAGCAACCCGACAUGAACAACUACAGGUGUGUACAGACUAGCUACAGGUGUGUACAGACUAGCUACAGGUGUGUACAGACUAGCUACAGGUGUGUACAGACUAGCUACAGGUAUGUACGGACUAGCUACAGGUGUGUACAGACUAGCUACAGGUGUGUACAGACUAGCUACAGGUGUGUACAGACUAGCUACAGGUAUGUACGGACUAGCUACAGGUGUGUACAGACUAGCUACAGGUGUGUACAGACUAGCUACAGGUGUGUACAGACUAGCUACAGGUAUGUACGGACUAGCUACAGGUGUGUACAGACUAGCUACAGGUGUGUACAGACUAGCUACAGGUGUGUACAGACUAGCUACAGGUAUGUACGGACUAGCUACAGGUGUGUACAGACUAGCUACAGGUGUGUACAGACUAGCUACAGCCACUCCCCGCUGGCGCAGCUGGUGCCGGGCGCGAGCCGCGCGCGCCUCUCCGACCUGCUGCGGCAGCAGCCCGACAUGAACAACUACAGACCACCCCCGCCCGAGCCUCGCGACCAGCUAGACAACGGCUCGUCAAAAUUGCGCAUUCUGAACAAACUACCACUACGGGCCCGCGCGCCCGCGUCGCCGCCCGACGAGCGGCCCGCCGCCGCGCCGCAAGUCAUUGUCAUCAAUCUACCCAACGGGAAUAUUAGUGAUACUGUUGGUCUAGUCCCCGAGUCCAAAGUGCUGGAGUGUUACUACGGCGGGUCGGAGGCGGGCGACGCGGACGAGGCGGGCUCCGCGCUCGCCGCCGCCGGCCCAGCGCCCGUGCAGAAGCGGACCAGAUUCUCCGUGUCCCACGACGAGGUGUCCCUCGGCAACACGUCGGACAACCUCGAAGCAGUCUCGGAGGCGGCCUCCAACCACUCCUGCACCAGCAGUCUCGAGCUGGAGCCUGAGGACCAGAACGACAACCUGAGCGAUAUGGUGUCAGCAAACGUGAGUGGCCGCGGCAGCCCCAACAUCUCGGGGCGGGAGACUCCGUCAUCACAAGUGACUGACGGGGACGCGGCCGGCGAGGGGCCGCCUAGACGGCUACCACAAAAUGUCCCAGUGAACCAAGCGAACAGCCAGCAAGCGAAGUUACUGAAGCAAACAAGAAACGAUAUUGAAGACAAAUUCUGCAAGUUCGAGAUCAAGAAGCUUCUAGAAGGCGACGAGACGAUCAGCAUAAUGUCGGACACGUGGAGCACGGACGUGCUCGCGUCCGACUCGGAGACCAUCGGCGACUCCUGCGACCAGGCCAACCACAACCAGGGUACCAACACCAACAAUGCAAACGCCCCGGACGUGUCCGAGACCGCCAGCGAGUCCGCGUGGAGCAUCGACGUGCUCGCGUCUGAUAGCGAUCGGAAUACUGAGGUGGACACAGACGACUGCGUGUCCGUGGCGGCACGCUCCGACACGUCGUGGCCGCGGCGCCCUUCAGCUCAUGAAGACAGCGUGCCUCGCGCCGCCGCCGCGCGCGGCAGCCCUAGGCAUGCUGCUAUGCCUCACAGGACGGGCUACCUGAGCGCGACGGCGCAGCUGUCUCGAGGCGCAGAAUUAGACCUGAUGGCGCGCUCCCCCGGACACAACUACGCGCCUAUUGAGAACCGGAAGAGCAUACUGGUUAAUGGGUAUCCGGUGAUGACGUGCUACACGGCGUCGGCCCCCGAGAGCCCGAGCACGUCCGCGCCCGCGCCGCUCGCCGGGGACGUGUUCGACUACGGGCCACAGAACAACGACGACGUCGACGGCGAAAACGCAGCGACCGAAUCAACAGUCGACGGCGGCAACAACAGCGACGCAACCUCACAGUGGGUCGACGACAGCUUCCCCCCGCGCGCCGCGUCCCCCCGCGACUUCCCCUCCACCUCCAAGAUGUACGAGCAGCCCGACGACCGGUCGUGCGAUCAGUCGUGUGACCAGUCUAGAGGGUCGAGCGAGAGCGAGUUCAAUGCGAUGUCUGUGUCGCAGUAUGAUAGACGCUUUGACUCCGGCAUAGAUACGGACCGCCCGGACGAACGCUCCGCCCUGGCCGACCUGGUGACGCGGAUGUCUUCAGCCUCCAUCACCUCCAACCUGGUCAAUAAUCUGACUGCGAGAAUUGUCAAGUCGGAGAUACGGACCAGCAUCGUUAGCAUCAGCAGCUCGUCGCGAGUAGAAAAGCGCCAGACCGACAUGUCGCUAAGCAACCUGUCGGUGAACAGCGUGGAGACGGGCUCGGACAAGAGUUCCUCUCAGGACGUGAAUAGUGAACAGGUGACGGAGAGACGCGUGUCGCCGCCGCCGCUGAAGGCGUCCACUGGGGCCAUACCGAAGAGUAUUAGCUUUGAUGCGACGGCUGAGAAGAAUCAGAGGCGGCGUAUAAUGGGCGAGGAGGGCCUGGCGGGCAACCUGGACGAGCUGAAGAACAACGUGAAGCGCUCCGGCGGGAACAUCCUGCACAAGAUCAAGAUGUUCCGACAGAAGGGACGCUCUAUCAACAGUAGUAGCGAUAUCACACUCCCGUUCCCGUCGCCGCCGGCGCCGGGCGGGGAGAGCUCCGACGACAUCCUGGCCAAGUACCGGCGCGCGGGGCCCGAGCGAGCGCGUCGCCCCUCGCGCCCCGACCCUGAGCCCGCCGACCUGGAGAGACUGGAGGGCGUGGUGGACCUGAACGACCCUGAAGUCUUCAACAGCAUGAAGCGGCGCCUGCGCCUCGUCAUGUCCAACCCGGAGCUGCAUCCCGUGGACCACGCGCCCAGCCGCACCUCCCGCACCUCACUAACCCAGUGGGUGAGAGCCGCCGCCGUCUCCGCGACCACCGUGACCGCCGGCGCACACGCCACGGAGCUAGCGCGAGCGCUCGCCGGCGCCACGGCCACCGCCGGCGGCGAUACGGCCGCCGCCCGCCUCGCCGCCGCGCUUAGAGCUGAUCUAGCGGCGAGACGGCCCUAUGCGAACUAUUUGAAUAGUUGUAGAGCUGGGUUGACGCAUACGCUGCAUACUUUGAACAGCCAAAUCAGCACAGUCCGUUCAGAGUGGUCGUGGUGCGUGCGUUGCGCGGCCGCGGCGCGGGUCGUGGAGCAGCUGGACCGCGGGGGCUCCCUGCGCCGCCUGGCCCGCACCCACCACCACAACACGCAGCGGCCUAGCCUCAGUGGCGAGCUGAUGGAUGAGAAGGCGGCGCGAUUGACAGCCAACAUAAAGGCCAUCACCGCAGAAAUCAAGGCUGACCCCUCGUGGGAGGGAGCAUCCCCCGCCAUGCUGGAGAUGGUGGAGAUCACGGUGGAGCGCGCGGCCUUCGCGCGCCUCUACCUGCACGUGCUGUUCCCCAACGGCGACGGCGACAUCGCGCGCGACCAGGUCCUAUCGGAGCACAUCCGCCGCCUCUCAGCCGGCGUGUCCUGCGCGGCGCUGGGCGUGCCCGCGCGGCACCUGUGGGCCGCCCCGUUCCGCUCCGCUCAGCUCGCGCUGUCCCAUCUGCCGGUCUACACUACUCCUAGGGACAAGUUGGCGUGCAUAUCCCGAUGCGUGACGUGCAUCAUGGCGGCGCUGGGGCUGACGGAGGGCGCCGCGGCCGCCGCCGACGACCUCACGCCCGUGCUGGUGUUCGUCAUCAUCAAGGUGAACCCCCCCUCCCUGCUGUCCACCAUCGAGCUGGUGCAAGCGCUCGGCGGCCCCGCCCUGGCCGGCGAGGCGCUCUGCUGGUGGACGCACUUCUGCGCCGCCGUCGCCUACAUCAAGACCAUGGACUACCCGCGCACCUAGCGCCGCCCGAACCACGCCCGGUGUGCAGCGCGGUCGGGCGAGUCUCAACCCGUGGCUCGCUACACGCGCGCGCGCCCCCGGGCCCACUCCGUGUGAAGUACCCUGGCCGUUGCCAUGGUAACCGGACAGGACGGACUUUAACAUUCGUUACUAGCAUAAUAGUGGCUGAGCUGCAUUAUGUACGCAAAUUGGUGUCACAAAUGCUUUAGCAUUAAACCCCACUAUAGGUUUAGUGAUGGAGUGUCAGGAAACGAUACCAGUUUGUAUUUCCACUUGCAGCUUAUGAUAUACAUAAUAUUGCAUACCAAUAUGGUAAAUAAUAUAUUUUGGUAAUUACUAACUACAGAUAGUUGGCAAAUGAAGUAGUUAAAAGAAGUUAUAGGCAGUACUGUCAAUUGUGCUUUUAAAAUAGGAAUUGAAAUUGAAGCAACGAAUCACGUAGAGCUGUCGCUGUCGGGCACAAUCGCCAGUGGCGACAUCUCUUACUCGUUUUCAAGCAUUGUCUCACUCACACCCGUGGCUCUUAUAGCCAAAGUGUGAGGGAGAUGACAAUGUAUGGCCUUUUUCGCCGUGAUAUCCUCUCAGAACUGUAAAAUUUUAACACGACGAUAUUAAAAUUUAAAUUUACAUAUUUAUAAAAAUAUAUAGGAGCGGUUUUUUGUGUAAAUAUUUUGGCUUGAAAUUUAUGUAAUAGCCUCUUAUAUUUGUUGCUUGAAGAAUCAGAACCAUGCCCUAUCUAUAGGUAGGCGCAUGUAAAUGUAAUACUUACAUCAUAAUAAUUAAAUGUAGAUAAUUUAAUAUGUUUAAGGAUCUGAAUAAAGAAAUUAAAUCGAAUGUAAAAUGUUCCACCCAAAAUUUUAUCUUAGAAUUAAAAAAAACAUUACAUUUUGGGUGCAACUGUAUCUAAAGUGGUCUAGCCUUAGCUCCUCUGUGUGUGAUUCUUAAGACAUUAUAAUAACUAAAGUUGAACUUUUGUUUAAAGCCGAUUUUGUCACAUUAUACACGACUGUGAUCUAGGGUUGGGUACUAUGUAGGAAAUUAGGAACAUGAGACUCGUAAAUUAAGUAAAAAAUAUAAUAUGAAAGGAUCCAAAUGCCAGAUAUUUUUUGAUAAAUUGAUAUUCUAUGGAUAUGAGUAAAGACCGGUGUAUGUAAAAUAAACGUGUAAAGAAUCUAUUAGAGCGGUACUUCUCAUUAUUGUAUGUCGAAUGUCUUGUUAUAUGUAUAUUUGUAUAGCUGGAUGGAAUAGUUUGCUUGUUAUUGAUUUAUUUCUACCACCUUUAAUAUUUUUUAUCAUUGCUUUUUAACUGAAAUAUUGAUAUUAACCCAUUGUUUAAUUUUACAUAACUUUAUUUAGCUAAGCAAAUAACCAAAUGAAACUAUUUAUCUUAGUUACUAGAAAAUAAGCAAAAAUGUGUAUGUAGAGAUUUCUGGUAUAUCUUCCACAUUUAGAGUAAGCUUUAAUAAUAAUAUAUUUAUAAAGGUAGUAA